AUGGAUUUGCUGCAUCACUGGACAUCAGGGCCGGAGCCGCAGAGGGCCCCUGACUCCAUUAAUAAGUUGGUGGCAGUGGAAGCGGUGAAACUUGAGAGGCGGUCACCUGCUCUGCUACCUGAGCCCGGAGCAACAGUGGGGGACAGGAGGAGGCAAAAGGGCCAUGGGCAACAGAGGAAGCGAGAGAGAGGAGACGUAUCGGGUGAGAGUGUGUGGCUGUGUUUGUCGGGACUUCUCAGGGGCCAGUUUGUGCAGGUGCUGAUGAAUGAGAGGCCUCUUGUCAGCCUUCAGGUCAGCCGUGGAUACAGCAAUUAA